AUGGAUAAUCAAGUGGACUUUUUAAUAUCUUCAGUUGAAAAAAGUUUAAAGAAUUUACAAAAUAAAAAGGCUUUUUUGGUGGAACAGCAAUUACAAUAUAAUAAUAUUCAUGAUAGAUUAAUAACCUUUAAGUCCAAUAAAGAUAAUGAUAACCUUUCGCUUGAAGGUGAUGGUGAAAGUGGUAACAGUGAGGGUGUCAAAGGCUUGAUACUUGGUGAUGUCAUUAUUUCUUCUAAUAAAUGUUUUUUGAAUUUGGGUUAUGAAUAUUAUGUUGAAAAGGAUUUCGAUGAGGUCUUACAUUUUGUUAAUGAUAAAUUGCGUUUAAUGAAUGAAGCUAUUGAGCAGUUUAUGUUAAAAAUAAAAGAAGCAGAAACAACUUUACAAAAUCUGAAGGAAGUAUCUAAUAAUAUUGAUGAAGGUGAAGAUAACUUUGAAGAAUUUGAUACAGAAUUCCCUACGAUGGAAAUUAGAGAAGAAUUAGAUGACGAUGGAAAUAUUAUUAAUUCAAGUAUAAGGCCUACAAAUUCCACCAAAAAAGAACAAACAGUAUCUAAAGAUAUACAGAAAGAGGGCAAGGAGAGGAAAGAUGAAUUUGCAUCAAAUUUAAGAGGUAAAUUAUUAACUAAAAAUACAAAUGAGAAUAAGGAAGAUAUUUUGAAAGAAGCUAAUACAAAUAUAAAUAAAAUUGAUUCUGAUGGUAUUUAUACCUUUGCCGAUUUAGUUCAACAAAUGGAGGAACAAGAUAAUCUUGAAGAUGGCGAAUUAGAUGAGGAUGAUAUCGAAUAUGACUAUGAUAAAUUGGAUGAAUAUAUGGGAAGUUUGAAUAUGAGAGAAAAUGGAGAAGAUGAGGAGGAGGAGGAGGACUACGAUAAUGAUGAUUAUAUGUUUAAUGGGUAUAUGAUGAUGGUCCCUGGAUCAUCCGGUCAAUCCUCUUUUAUGGAACAAAUUGCUAAAUUAAGAGCUCAACGAAAUCCCGUCAAUGAUAACGAUCCAGAUGAUGAGAUGCAACCAUCUAGGAAAUUAAAUCUUAAAUCAUUAAAAAAAUCAGCUGAUAAGAAAAUUGAAAUUAAAUCUAUUUUAAAAACUGGGAUAGAUGUAAAUAAGAAUGACGGGUCAGUGAAAAAUGAGAAUAAAGGGAAAAAGAGUAAGAAAAGUGUUGGUUUUGCUGCUCAAUUGGAUAUCCAUGAAGUAGAAAACUUUAAAGAAGAAACUAAAAAACAAACACAUAAUAUAUUCCCAUCUAUGCAACAACUAAUGUAUUCAAAUUUAGUUGGAGUUAGAGAUGAAGAUAUGAUAGAUGAUACAAAUAAUCCUAACGUUAAUGAUUUCGAUAAUGACCUUUUUGCAAGUAUGCUUGGGAUUAAGGGAUCUGAAGAAAUACAUGAUAAAUAUUCUAAUGCUGUGGAAACGGCUAAUAUGUCAACUGAUAACAAUGGUGUUUAUCAAGAAAAUACAACAGCAAAACCAAAACGUGUAUCUAGAUUUAAAAAGAAUAUGCUUGGAAAAAAUUUUGAUAAAGCAAAAUCAAUAAAUCAAUAUGAAUGUAGUAGAAAUGAUAAUAAGAAUGAUGAGGCAUUUGUCUCAAGUGAUAUUAUAGAAAAAGAUGUUAUCGAAGAAAUAUCUAGCAGUUCAGAUAAAAUUUUAGAAAAUACAAUAAUAGAGAGGCCAGUGAUUAGCGACAUAAUUGAGAAAGAUGUUGUUAUGACAAAUAUUAUAGAGAAAGAUAUCAUUGAUGAAUCACCUAUUGAUAAUAAUAGUGUUGAAAAUAAUAAUAUAGAGAGUAAUAGUGUCAAUGAGAUUAUAAGUGAACCAGUUAUAGAGAGUAUGGUCGAUAAUUUCAAGACAUCGAAUGAUAAAAAUAUAAAACAAUGCGGAACUGAUGCUGAAACUACGCAAUCAUACAAAGAAAAUAAGGGUAAAUUGUCAAUAUUUAGAAAAAAGAUGGCUUCAUUACAAAGACCUCGUAUAAAGUUAAAAGCUAAGCAGUCAUUAGUUACCGCAGAGAUGUUAGAUGCAUAUGAAGAAGUAGAAACAUUUCUGGAUAAACCGAAGCAGGAAGAGCCUAAAAUAGUUAAACUUUUAAAAGAUAAAAAUGAUAAUAUUAGUAAGAAUGUUAAGGAGUCAAUAGAAGAUGAGAAAGUAGAGGAGAAAGCAGAGAAAAUUCAGGAUGUAUUUCCAGAGGAAAUUGCAAAUGCAAUCUUGCAGAUGGGCAAAAGCGAAGAUGAUGUACAUAUUGCAAAUGUGGAUUAUAGUGCACUAAAUGGUAAUUUAGAUGAUAUGGUUAAGGCAUAUACACUAGGAUUGUAUGAUGAUGACUUGGAAGAGCAUCCGGGUACUGUCUUAGAAAAACUGGAUGAUUUUACAAAUUAUAAUAGACAAGUUGAAUCUCUGAAGGAUGUUAUAAAAGUUUUCCAAAAAAAUAAUCCUAUUAGAUUAGGUACUAGUGAAGAACUAAAAGAUGAUAAUGAUUUUGAUGAUUUUAAAAUCAUGGCAGAUGAAAUCCAUGAGAGAAAUAUCCCUGAAGAUUAUUGUGGAGUUGAGAAAAAUACAAUCAGUAUUAUAAAUGAUGAUUAUGGUUUGAAUGCCUAUAAUUUACAGCAUGCUAUUAAUUUAGACUAUCAUAAGUUAAAGGAAACACUGUUACCGAAACUACAAGAAGAAUCUAGACAACUCUUUGGUGAUCACAAUAUACAUUUUCACAAUAAUAAUUCUUCGUCAGAGAUGGAACUAGAGCCAAUUGACGCAGAAGGAAAUCCAAUUAAAGUCAGUCGUUUUAAGUCACAACGAAUGAAAUUGAACAUUUAG